CGCAAGGCUGGUUGUUGUUCCCGCAGAGAGGCGAGAAGAUGGCGGCCGUGUCAAGCGGAGGUGCAGCUGGGUCCGCUGCGGCCGGGAUUACGCACUCUACCCGACCGGCCCACGCAGGCAUGGGCGCCCAGAACCGAGCACAGCCAUCCUCUGGGAUCAGCCACUCCAAUCGACCUACCCCGGCUGCGGGGUGCAUCACCAACCCCGGCCACCCCUCGGCCAGCAGGCCCCCCCCAGCCCGAGUGGGCUACUACGAAAUCGAGCGGACCAUCGGGAAGGGGAAUUUCGCCGUUGUUAAAUUGGCAACACAUAUCAUCACCAAAGCAAAGGUGGCCAUCAAAAUAGUGGACAAGACCCAGCUGGACGAUGAGAACCUGAAGAAGAUCUUCAGGGAGGUGCAGAUCAUGAAGAUGCUGAGGCACCCUCACAUCAUUCGUCUCUACCAGGUAAUGGAGACCGAGAGGAUGAUCUACCUGGUAACAGAAUAUGCCAGCGGCGGGGAGAUUUUUGACCACCUGGUGGCCCACGGCAGGAUGGCGGAGAAGGACGCGCGGCGGAAGUUCAAGCAGAUCGUGGCGGCCGUCCACUUCUGCCACUGCCGCAACAUCGUCCACCGAGACCUGAAGGCCGAAAACCUGCUCCUGGACCACAAUCUCAACAUCAAGAUUGCCGACUUUGGCUUCAGUAACCUGUUCUCCAGAGGCCAGCUACUAAAGACCUGGUGUGGGAGUCCUCCCUAUGCUGCCCCAGAGCUCUUUGAAGGGAAGGAGUACGACGGACCCAAAGUGGACAUCUGGAGUUUGGGCGUGGUGCUAUAUGUUCUGGUGUGUGGUGCCUUGCCGUUUGACGGCAGCACCCUCCAGAACCUGAGGGCCCGGGUGCUGAGCGGGAAGUUCCGCAUCCCCUUCUUCAUGUCCACAGACUGUGAGUACCUGAUCCGACACAUGCUGGUGCUGGAGCCCAGUAGGCGCCUCUCCAUGGAGCAGAUCUGUAAGAACAAGUGGAUGAAGCAGGGAGACCCCGACCCAGAGUUUGAGAGGUUGAUAGUGGAAUGUGAGCAGGUGAAGUCUGAGCGGGAGACAGAGCUCAUCAACGAGCAGGUGCUGAUGGCCAUGUCUGAGAUGGGACUGGACCGCGAGCGCACACUCCAAUCUCUGCACACUGAUGCAUACGAUCACUACAGCGCCAUCUACAGCCUGCUCUCUGACCGCCUGAAGAAACACAAGACCCUGCGCGUGGCCCCGCCCACAUCCCGCCCCAUUGGCUACACUCUCAACGCUGUACAGACGGAUCAGCAGGGUAAUCCCGUUAGCAUGAAUGUCCCUCACGUCCAGCUGAUCAACCCAGAGAACCAGAUCGUUGAGCCGGACGGAAACAUGGCCCUGGACAGUGAUGACGCAGAGGAGCCGUCUCCAGAGGCCAUGGCUCGCUACCUGUCCAUGAGGCGUCACACUGUGGGCGUCCCAGACCCCAGGACGGAGAUGCAGGAGGACCUGCAGAAGCUGCCCCCUGGGUUCCCCCGUGUGGCCCCCCAGCCCCCCUUCCCCAUGCCCCCCACCAUGGGCCACAUGCACACACUGAUGCCCACCCAGAACCCACACCUGCAGCCCACACAGCAGCUGGAAUACAAGGAGCAGUCCCUGCUGCAGCCGCCCACCCUGCAGCUGCUGAAUGGCAUGGGGCCCCUGGGCCGCAGGGCCUCGGAUGGUGGGGCCAACAUCCAGCUGCACGCCCAGCUACUGAAGAGGCCACGGGGACAGUCCCCUCUGGUCGCCAACCCUCACCCCAUCCCAGCUGUGGCUCCGGUGGAUGAGGAGGGCUCUGACGGGGAGCCCGACCAGGAGGCGGUGCAGAGGUCCAUCUACAAGGACUGUAACACCCUGCACUUGCCCAUGGAGCGCUUCUCCCCCGUGAGGCGCUUCUCCGAUGGGGCCACCACCAUCCAGGCCUUUAAGAUCCACCUGGAGAACAGCAGCCUCAUCAGGCAGCUCAAACAGGAGUGUGAGCAGCUGCAGAAGAUGUACGCUUGCCCCCAGGACGAGCGGCUGCUUGAGCACACACAACAACAGCAUUUCCUGUACCAGCAGGAGCAGCAGAUUCUACACCAGCAGAUACAGGCCCUGUCUUUGGGACACGGAGACUGCCAGCCCAGUCACCUUACCCACCAGCUCCAGAGGUUGCAUAUCCAGCCCUCCAGCCCACCGCCUACACAUCCCAGCAACCACCUUUUAAGACAGCCCAAUCAGAGUCCCCCUCCAACAGCGAUGAUGCAGGGGCACGGUGUACCAUCAGCGGUGCAGUACCAGCACGCCCCCGCCCUCUACCAGCCUCCAGCGGGGAGUCCCCCCCCUUGCGGCCUCCGCCCGGUCGCACUGCCCCCGCAGCAGCAGCAGCCCUGCUCCUCUUCCCGUGGGGGGGGUGUCCCCAUGCCCCAGCAGCAGGUGACUAUCCAGGUGCAAGAGGUGGAGCUGGGAGGGGGGCGGGGCCCUGCACGCCAGCAGCAGGCUUUCCUUUCCACGCCGUGCUCCCACCGGGUCCUGGGGAAGCAGCUGAGCGCAGACAAUGCCGAGACCCACAGUCGCAGCCUCGGACGGUUCAACACUUACGACCAGGCCGCCUUCAACCCUCAUCUGUUCGGCGAGGGGUCUCGACCAUCGGGGGUGGUGGGGGGCUACAACCCCUACCUCCAGGGGACCUCCCUCAAGGUGCCAGGGAUGGAGGGCUACCAGGGUGGGGUGGUCGGUGGCACUGGAGGCGGGGGCUACGGGAACCCCUCUUCCCUGCAGCAGGCUCUCCUCUCCCCCACCCCCCUGGAGUACCGGCCCCAGCAGCAUGUCACCCCCACCCUACAGGGUCUCCUCUCUCCCCGCCACUCCCUGACGGGCCACGCCGACCCCCGCCUGCCCCAGGACCUGGCCUCCCUGCUGAAGAGGCAGAGCCCUCGGCCGGCACCCCCUUCCCCCAACGUGCCCCAGGACUACACGGAAAUGCUGCUGCUGCGCCAGCUCGGCCAAGGGGAGUCUCUGGAGCCGGGAAGCCCCUACCACCACCUCCUCCAGAUCAGGCCCCCAGAUGUCCAGCCCCCCAGCCUGCCCCACUCAGAGAGCAUGGAGGAGGAUGACCUGCCACCCGGCUACCAUGAGGGCCUCCUGGCCAAGGCCCAAGGCUGUGGGGACGGCCAUGACCUGCUGGGCCCCCCCCAGGGAGGGACUCCCCCCUACAACUCCCCCACACACAGACACGGCUACAUCAGGAGCACCACCACAACCAGAGACAAUGAGCAUGUUGACUGCACGACCCAGGGGCAGCAGGUUAUGGAGCAGGGCGUGCCUGACCGUAACGGAGUGGGCUACUCCACCAGGGGCUCCCAGGGGGACGGCUAUCGGCCCCGGGGCCAGCUACAGCGCCACCACACCAUCCAAACCUGCGACGACGCCUAUGACCAGGCUGAGCCCAUGUCUGGUAUGAGCCUGUUGGCUGGCAAGGCUCUGAGCUCCGCCCGCAUGUCUGACAUCCUCAGCCAAUCAUCUCUGACAGGAAGCCAGCAGCUCCACCAGCGGGAAGAGUCAGUAUGUGACGUGGAGGGAGAGCUCCAUGCUGGAGGCUGCUACCCGUCGUCCUGCACCAGCAACAUCCUUCACAGCUACAAACCCCCAGACCUGCAGUACAGCAUGGAGCAGGCCGGGGUCUAACACAGGAGCGUCUUCUGUGUAUAAAGGUCCACAUCAGCCACCUGUGUUGAGCAGCAUCACGCCAAACCGCCAUUGUCUGUCUGGAGGGGGCGCAGUCCGUCAGUCAUGGGGCUUGGGGGAGGGCAGGCAGCCUGCAGGCUGCAGCCCGGGGUGGGUGGGGGGGAUUGGCUGGGCGAGGGGAGUGGGUUCAAUGCCAGCAUUCUGUUCUGCACAGCCAUCUAGCAAGCAUUGCCAUCAUUGGCUCUCUCCAUUUCUGCUCUUCCGUCCGAUUGGAUAGAUCGGGCUCUGCUUCCCCCUAUCACUUCUUCCUUCCUACCCCCUGCGGUCCCGCUCUCCUGCCCCCUUACCCCCCCUCCUCCUCCUAACUGUUGCCAUAGCAACAUACUCAUGCGCCUCAAUGUCCCAGACAUUCAUACAGGCAAAACGUAUAGAUAACAUAAAGUUACACAUGCACACACUCAGCCACAAACCCAAAGUAUUCACACCAAGUCUGUGCGCAGGGAUUCCUGUGAGGUUCUGUCCGCUCCUCCCUCUCCCCUCCACUGUAUUCCAGUGGACCAUUCCGGAGCGGGCUGUGAUCUCAGAGCCUAUGAGUGACCCAUUCCAUUGGGCUUACAGGGGUGGGAUUGGGUCAGGCUCAGAGGCGCAAAAAAAAAACAGCUCAGUGACAUCGAGGAUCGCACAGCACAACCAGCUCUCAUUUUUUAUUUUGUUUUCCUGUUCUGUUCUUUUUAUUAAUUGUUUUUCAAAUUCAUUUUUACGGGCUAAUGUUCAUCUAGAAAUUAUGAUCAUUAUUGUUAUGACUGUUUUCUGUAAAAUACGUUUUAUUGUUAUUAUGAUUAUAAUGAGAACUAUUAUUAAAGGAAAAAAAACUGUCCUGUGUUGCAAGGAAGACAACAUUUUAGUUUUGAUUACUUAAGAAAUUCUGCACUUUCGGUUCAAGCUAUCUUUAAUUCUUCUCCCUGUUUACCCUCCCAUACUGCCUUCUCCUUUUGUCACUCCCUUGUUCUCUCUUGUUUUAUGCCCAUCUCUGCCCCCCCCCCCCCCCCCCCCAUUCUUCAUUCCAUCCUUCUCUCUCCCUCUUUUUCCACUCCCCAUCACUCCCCUGCCACCUUUUGUGACAGUGUGGCAUUGUGUGUAGUUUUAACAGACAUGCUUCCCCUUCCUCCCCUGUACAGCGACACCAUGUAUAGACCACAAUUGCUGUAUCCCAUUUUUUUGGGGGGUGGGGGGUGUUGGGGAGGUAUUUUUAUAUUGUUAUUGUUAUUAUUUGUAUUUUUGGAUGUCUUCAGAUAUCUUCUUCUUUUUUUUUUCCUUUUUCUGAAUAUUGAGAUUUUUAGCCAAAAGAGUACAGGGAGAAAAUCCUCCGUUGUCAUAAAAAAAAGAUUGUUCUUCUUGUUUUAUUAUCGAGACACUUGAAGAGGAGAGUGGUUAUUUGUUACUUUUUAUCAUUUCAAUCAUUGAUCUCGUCGUUGUUGUUAACGUUUUCUGUUUUUUGGGGGGGUAGAUUUGGCAGGCAAUGGGUUGUGGGGUGGUUCGGUGCUGGGAAUGCAGUCAUUGAAACGGAGGGGAACUGUAAUAUAGCUGACAUAUCAUCAUCGUAAGACAUUUUUAGAGGCGGAGAUGGACAGACCCCUUCUCCACUCGCUCCCCCAAUCUGCAGUGGUACCCUCCGUCUCGGACCUCAUCGCCCCCUUAUUGGCCAACACGCACUGGACAUUGCCUCUUCUCCCGACUCUGGCCCAGCUCCGGCCACAUCCAAGGAGGAGACUACUACUCUGCACAUGUGCUGCCUCCCUUUUCUAUCUCGUUCUCGCUCUAUAUCGUUCCCUCCCUUCGUCACAUGAUCAUCAAGUGAGACCUACUCCAGCCCCAAUACUGAAUUCAGUCCUUCAUCUCUUCAGAGGGAGAGAAAUGAGGAACUGACCAGAGACAGACCGGUUGCUUCAGUUUGACCCCAGCGCAGUAUGUACAGUUCAGAUAGUGAGCAGAGGGGGUGGGAGAACGAUCCGCCUCCCUAUCCCCACCUUGUCCGCAGGACUCCCAGUGCAUCAUGGUCCAGCAAGGGACUGUGAGUGUGUUGCUGAUGAGUGAGCACCUCAUUGUCUUCUUCCUUGUCUGUUUCUGUCUGACUUCCCUCUCAUCAUCUGUAAACCAGCUCUUUGCUCGGCACCUGUAUCCUAUGUUUUCUCUUUCUAUUGUUUAUUUUGUUUUUGGGAGUACAAAAAUACUAAAGUGCAACAACGAUGAUUAAAUAGAAUUACCAACCAAACUGAGAUGAAUUAAAUAAAUAUAUAUAAAUAAAUAAUUUAAAAAGA